CUCGGAAAGUUAAAAAAAGACAGGUAUUCUAUGUGUAUCUGAGAUGGUUAACUACGUUCGGCUUUAACGCCUGCUUUAAGGAAUGAGAACGCUCCUGACGGCAGUCUCCUCCUUUUUGUGCUCCUCCAAACAAACCUCAUAUUCACCAUGAUGAAAUUGAAAUCGGAGGAGGUUAAAUACGAGAACGUACCCACGAGAAUCUCCAGCGAUGAGCAGGUUUCACCUGGAGUUCAGCACGUUGACACUACGUGGAGAGAAGCGCAGCCGGGAACGUACCGGUGCACGAAGAGUUUCGACGAUCUGGGAAGCGCCGAGACGCACCGUUACGUCCACGCGGGAGAGAAACCGUAUUACUGCUCGGAGUGUGGGAAGCGGUUUAUUGAGCGAAGACAUCUGGAACGCCACCAGCGCAUUCACACGGGAGAGAAGCCGUAUCGCUGCUCGCACUGCGGGAAGAGUUUUACCCGAGAGGACACCCUGCAACAGCACCAGCGCCUACACACGGGAGAGAAGCCGUAUCGCUGUUCGGACUGCGGGAUGAGUUUUACCCAGCAGAGUACUUUCCAGCUGCACCAGCGUGUUCACACAGGAGUGAAGCCCUAUGAGUGCUUGGAGUGUGGGAAGAGUUUUCGGCGGCAGGACACGCUCCAGCAACAUCAGCGCAUUCACACCGGCGAGAAGCCGUAUCACUGUUCGGACUGCGGGAGGAGUUUCAGGCAGCAGAGUCAUCUCCAGCUACACCAGCGCGUGCAUACGGGAGAGAAGCCUUAUCGGUGCUUAUACUGUGGGAAGAGCUUCAGCGAUAGUCGAAACCUCAAAACGCACCAACACGUUCACACCGGAGAGAAGCCGUAUCACUGCUCGCGCUGUGGACUGAGCUUCGCGUAUUCGAGUGUAUUUAAGACACACAAGUGCAUUACAGCGGAGGCGGCACACGUGAAUGCGUCAAGUCAAGAAAUCUGAUUAUUACUGUGUUUAGGUUUUGCCUUUCGUUUAGCUCUUGGUUUUGAAAAAAGGUGCAAAGAUUUAUUAUUACACAUCAUUAUUACUUUGCUCCAAAGUGUUCGACGUAGGGCUGCAACGAUUCGUCUGAAAUCGCCAACUAAUAAUCGGGUAAUUGAAACGCGUGAAUUUCGGGGGGCGGGGGGGGACGGGACGGGACUCAAAGAUAGGAAAAAAGUUUAUAAGCUCUCACGAGGUGGUUUUUCAGACAAUUCGACAAUGCAGUAUUACGAGAAAAUGAAAUGGAAACACAUUUAUCGCAUUUAGGUCACAUGACAAAGUGACAAAAAGAAUCACCCCGUACUCUGCACAGGUAGCCAGUUUAUAAAGAGCGAUGACUUUGCGCUUCUCGGUCGGAACUGGCUCCUUCGGGAAUAAUACGGCAGGUGCCACGAGCGCCUGAUGUUAAGUGGGUCGUUCUCCCUGCGGCUCUCGCCUGGUUUCCCACUGAAGAUAAGCAGAGUUGAGCCUGACCAGUACCUGGAUGGGCCAGCAGGGGGCGCUCACUAUGUGGUCUGUGUGGGUCCUAAUUCCUGAGUAUAGUGAUGGGGACACUACAGUAAAAACAGCACGGUCUGCGGUAAAGCGAAGUCCUGACUCUCUGUGGUUAUUAAAAAUCCCUGGACACGUAUCGUAAAAGAUUAGGGGUAUAACCCCGGGGUCCUGGUGAAAUUCCCUCAUUCGUCCUUCUCUAUCACGGCUCCCUAAUAAUCCCCAUCUCUGAAUUGGCUACAUCACUCUCCUCUACACUAACGGCGGGUGUGCGGUGGGCGCUCUGGCACACUAUGGCUGCCGUCGCAUCAUCCAGGUGGAUCCUACACACUAGUGGCGGUUAAGGAGAUUUCCCCCUUAUACUACGUAAAGCACUUUGAGUGUCUAGAAAAGCGCUAUAUAAAUCUAACUCUAACUAACUAACAUUCUGAAGUUUUGGAUCCUCUGUAAAAUCCUUACGCACUACGAUCUCCCAGAAAUCCUGCCAGGUAGAACGGGCUUGCCUUUCCGUUCGAUCGCGUGCGUUAAAAUGCCUUUCGUCGCCUUCUAUUAAACACUACCACGCCUGUUGCGUUGGAUGCCAUUCAAAUCACCGUCCCAACACUCGUCAGCUCGACAGCCAUGUUUUAAUUGUAGCGACUACAGCGAGAGGAGAUUUAAAACCCAGAUUUAAUCGCAUAGCAUCAUUUAAUAUAAACGCAGAACAUUCGCAUUUAUCUUUUGUCGACAUUCUUAAAAUAUCGCUUCUGUUUUGUGCAAAAAGCAUUAAAACAAAAAUAGCCGAAAGCUCGUGCUCGGUAACUGAAACAUACGAAACCGUCGAUGUUCUAGCCUCAUUUUACAUUCCAUUCAAUACGCUUGAUAUGUAUAUGUGCUGGUAAAGUUCAUUUUUUUUUAUUUUUAACCCGUUUAAUUUUGGCUUGUUCCGUUAUUAAUUCCAGUGGAUUAUUCCCUGUUACGAGAACAGUCAUCGCUUGAUUAACCAGAGAGGAGAAAGUCAAGUAACAAGAUGUUGAGUUGUUCCUCAUUCUAUAUGAUUUUUAUUUGAAUUAUCUUAUUGCAAAAAAACAGCCGAUAAAAAUGCUAACUGGUUAUUUAUUACAGCAGUUCUCAUGUACAAGCCACAUUUAAUCUGAUUAUGUGUUGAUUAAUUGACUAUUAAAAUGUUUUUUUUUUGCAGCCCUAAUUAUAAUACAUGUUUAAUUAAAGUAGCAGAUGUUAGCAUUUUAUUCUUAUUGAACGUCGACGGGUAAUACGUUAAUAAUGUAAGACUUCAUUAAUGUCUGCUUAACCGUAAUUGGCUUAAUUCUUGAUUCUAUUUUUUUUUAAAUUUUUUUUUUUUUAAUGUGGAUCAUUUUCCUCGACAAAAAUUGCAUCAGCCCGAUAAAAUUGUCUAAUAAUGAAUUAACAUGCAUGUUAUUUUAAUUUGGAGGUUGCAUUUGUGUAACCAUGUCGGAACUAUGAACCAUGAACUAUGGACCGUGGAUCUUCUACCCAAGAACGCGUGAGGGCGAGCGUGUGUGUGCACGCGCUCGUAAAAGGUUAACAAUUCGCCUUGUUGAAGAUCUGCAGUAAUCCUCGAUGAUGAUAAAACCCCGCGUGCAGGUUUGCAACAAGAAAGAGUCAAUAUUCAGGUGUAAUUAUUGACCUCAUGCCGUAUUAUGUGGUAAUGUGUUGUACGUGCUAUUGUUUGCUGAGCACUCAAGAACACCAUCUCUCGGUCCCUCCGGGAUUUCGCAAUCGCAGAAAUGAACGCAAAAUCGAUCUAACUCCACGAUUUACAGAGGAGCUCGUCAUUUUUUUUCCGAAAUGCGACAUCAUCGCAACGUGCAUUCGGUCCAAACGCUCCGCGAGUCACGUGCGCCGAACACGAGUACAGCUAAAAAGUCUCAUUUACCAACGAACAUCUCGGCGAAAGAGCGUGCGAAACAAUUACGCCAAUUCGAGAAGUUUUUCCACAAAAAUCCUCUGCAGAUCUAGAAAGUUGAGGCAGAAAAUUCGAGCAUUUUGGCCUGCAACAAUCGUGAAAAAACUCAAAUCCUGUACGGUCUGCCGUCUCCGCAACCAAGAUUGAAAAACAUCGUUUCUGCAACCAGAUUUCUGACUCUCGCUCGCUUUAGACUAUGAAAGGAUUUCCAACAAACGUGACAUGCCAGGUGCUGGGCGUUCAGCCGAUCUAUACACCGUGACCGUGACGGACCCGUAACCUGGUGCGCAAGCCUCUGCGUAGAUAUUGGAACCCAUUGCCUCUUUCUUCUGUGACAAAUGAACAGUUUGUCUGAGGACUGGAUGACUGCCAUCUGGUUUAGAUAGGACCGUAUAUACUGUAUAUACCGAGCACGACAAGGAACUCUUCAGAUUUGCUCUCAUGGAACACUGUGAGGUCAGUAGCAUUGCAGAACUGGGGGAACUUGGGUAGAAAUCAUGAAUUAAACAACGACGUCAAACCACACGUAUCAAAGUUAUCUGGCUACUAGUUUCCUUACACUUUGUGCUAAAGUAAUCACUAGCGAAAAGUACGUUUCAAUUUCUUGAAAGGGGGCCUAUGGGACUCCACUACCAGAGGCAGAUCCAACACCAGGCUUCUGGGGACUCCAGGUGGAUGGAAGUGCAGAAUGCUGGUCACAAACAAAUGGGUUGCCAUCCAUUGUGCUGUGGACAUGACAUCACCGGACACGUCUUGGCUCAAAUCUGCGGACAUUCAGCUGUAAUUUAGAAAAAUGGCAAGCGUCUCAGGAUAUUGAAGAGUUCGUUUCUGUGAUCGCAAGAUUGUGAAAAAAUUGGAGGGACGGAAAGUAUUUUGGGAAUCCGGCAGCGCAGGAUCCGGGG